AUAUAACUUAAAAUAUCUUCAAGAAGUUUUUGUCAAAAAUGACAAACUCAAAAUAGUUUUGAUUAAAAAAAAAAAAAAUAAAAUAAAAUAAAAUAAAACAAAUCCCAAAAUGAGUACUUUUCCCAAAGAAUUCAUAACGUCUUCGUUCGGAAGUGGGCCUGGAAAUAUACACGAAAAAAGACAUUCCAAAAGCAACUCCGAUUCCCUACAAACCCCAUCCAUACAAAAUCUGAAAUUUCCAAUCUCUGUUGAAGAAGUCCCAAAACGGCUUCCCUACCACAUCAAAUGCCGUAAGAAUUUAAUCCAAAAGCAGGACUCCAAGACCACCAGCAGCAGUACUCCGAGAAGGGGUUAUGACUUCAGCAGUUCCACGAAUUCCAAUUACAGAAAUGCUCUCUUUUCGGUGCCAAAGAAAUUCCGAGCUAAGUGUCCCUCAACCUCGGGAAAAGAUGACAGUUACAUUUCGCCAAAGUCUACCGUCCCUAUUCCAACACCACAAAACCUGGGGGAUUUGGAUACCUCCCAAAAACUCUUGGACUCACAACAUGAAAUCUCCAACAAACCGGAAAAUCUCAAAGGACCCGAAUGGCGCAAACCCUGCAGUGCCAGUUUUGUGCCCGGUGUACCCAGGAAAUAUCUCGGCAAUUGUCCACCAAAUAUCGAACAAAUUGCCAAAAUGUCCAAGACGAGACAGAAAUUUUUUCUCACUCAGGAUCCGAGGAGGACGCAUUGUCUUGUGAAUCCUGAAAUAUUUGACACGAAGGCAUAUUCGCGAGAAAAAGAGUUUCGAACUUUAACAAAUAUGGUUAAAUAUGCUCAGAAUACGUGUGAAUCGAGGGGAGGUGGUGGUGGUGUGGCUGAGGUCUCUCCUGAAGACUCGUUUAUUUGUGAGGUCAUUGAUUUGGAGAAUCCUUUGAAAUUGGAUUUCCAAGGUCUGGACUAUAAGAACACCUACCAGCAGGAUGAACAGGAUUUACAAAAUCAAAGGAAUUAUCGUCGCUUGGAACGUUUUAUGGAGCGACGUCGGGUGAAGACCCAAACGAAGUUGGAUGUGGAUGAGGAAUUGCAUCAGGAGCGGUUGAGGGUCCCCAAAGGAUUCGACGUACGUGAUCGGGAUCCUUCCCGCCCUCCGACACCACCUCCCGAACCCAUAAAAUUGGGAAAAAUAUUUCGCUCGGCCGAAAAGUCAGAGAAUCGUCAAAUUAUUGACGCCGAGAAACAGAGACGUGGAGAACGCUAUCGCAAUUUGUAUCUAAAGAAAAGAGAGCGAGAGGAGCGGGAGAAAGAAGAAGCCAAACAAAAGAAGAAAGAUUGCCAGCAAAAUAUUGGAUUAGUUACGGCUGAGAGGGAUUUUCAAAAUAUUGCCAGUAAAGCUGAUGAGCUCAGUAAGAGAGCGCUGAAAAAAGAAGAGAGCAAUGGCAGAAAGACAACUUUGAAAAAAGAAGCAACAAAAGAUUUGGAAUCUCAGAGAGAGGUUUCCAAUUUGGCUAAUGAUCCAAAAUUGAGAUUAACUCCCCUAAAGGUGGGCAAGGUGGGAAGUAAAUUUCUGCUGAGAGGCCAACUUCCCGAGGGAGAGACCUCUAAACCCAAAGAGAAGGGAGAUAACAGAUGCCUUAGCCGUGACCAAUGGCUAAGGGAGUUAACUCCCAAGCGGGAGAAAAUAAAACCAGAUGUGGAAAUUGGCCUGAGAAAAUCUUUCAGUCCCGAUGAUCCCAAUUUGAUACUUUUCCAACCCCAGUUUGGCCAGAGAUAUGCAAAACCGGAUACAUCUGCCGUAAGAGAGUUUCGCCUCAAACCCUUGGGCCGCCAUUAUAAAAGAGUUUUACGCAAGCCAAUCAAGUUUCGAAAACCUCAUCUACGUUAUACGGUGAAGAAGUUCAAUUUGGUGGGUUAUCGUUAUGGAGAUCCUUCGAAGGCCUUAAAGGGUCUGCUCUCCGUAAAUCAGGGAGAGAAAUUUCAAUGGAAAUCGGUAGAUGAGUUUAUUGCGAACAAAGAGAGAGAAGAGCAGCGACAUUUGCUGGAGAAGAAAUUAAAACGUUUACAGUUACUGGGUAUACCCUGUAGACCCCCGGGUAGGCCGAUAUUGGAGAGGAGGUGUCAACAUUCCGAGACGGAAUCCGAUAGGGGAUGGAUACCAGAAAAGGCUGUGGAGGGUGAAGAGAAUGAGAGGGAAAGGGAGAGGAACUUGAGACAAAUUAUGCCCCUGGAGAGGCGUAGCAAUAUGCCAGCUCCUCAAUAUCGGGAGCCCACAUUGCGCCAGCAUCCCAAACGUCCCAGGAACUACACAGAGCAAAGGGUGCCCUCGGAAAUAUUCGAUCAAGUUGUCAAGACCACGACGGUCCCUUAUAUGUAUAAAUUACCCGGGGAUAUUGUGGAUCGGGCAAAUGCCAAUAGCUCCCGGAGAAAAACCUAUACCGAGUUCUUGGAGUCCCGACACCAUCAUGACCACUGGAAUCCCACCCAGAGUAAAUAUGUAGAUGUCCAUUAUCAGCCGGAAAUUGUAAGGCCUAAAAUAGUGGAGAUUAAGGGAAAAUCUCAGGAGCCUCGGAAUUUUGGCAGAAGUGAGGAAAAUAGGAAGUUUGUGAAAGCCCAGCCCCCUUGUCAGGAAUAUGUGGACAAGAACUUGACCAUGCCCGAAUGGGAUAUGGAGGAGUUGAGGGAGAAUUUCAGGAAAGAACAUGGUGGGGUGGGAGAAGCUGCACCUACCCAGGGAACUUUGAAAAUAGAAAACCGUUGCCAUCAAAAGGAUUUUGUGUUCCACUCCCGAGAUCCCAGGGAGUUGGAGGAUCUGCAGUAUCCGGGAAGGGAGGAAUAUUUAAAGUUUAUGCAGGAAAUCAAGCAGGCCUUGGGGGAGAGAGAUUCCCAAGAAUCUCCCCUGGAAUUCAUGCAGACCCCCUUGUUGCAGGAGUUCCAGGAAGACCUGAAAAGCAUUGAGAGCUGUCUCAGCUCUCUUAGCAGCUCUCAGUGCACAAAUCUCACAAAUGACAGCGGCAGCCAUUUACUCCUCGAGGGCCAGGAGAAAAUUCCGUUGGAUUUUAUACGCAAGUCGUUGGUACCCUUCGAGGAACUACAACGUUCCCGCUUCCAAGCCGAACCCAUAGAUGUGGAGCGGGAGGAACAGAAUCCCUUUCGCGUUUUGCCAUUUUCGGGUCAACGCAAGGCCCAGCUGGAGUUGUCGAGACCUCGAGAUAAAUUUUUCACCUUCAAUAGCCGUUUGAAAAAUGGUCUACGCCUGAGGCUGCAAGUGGCGCCCAAGGAGGAGGGUGGGAAAUCCGAAGAAACCCUAGUGGGUAAGGGAGCCAGGAAACACAAACCCAUGAUGGCCACCGACAUAGAUGAGAAUUACAUCAAUGUUGUUAAAAAUCGUCCCGCCGUCAAGAUGUUCAACUACAAAACCUCGCGAUUCCUAAUCAAGGAUGCCUUGCGUCUGAAAUUCGAAUCUAUGUUGAUCCAGGGACAAAUGGUUCGCACGAAAAUCUAUGAUCGGCUCAAUGAACACCAUUGGGUGAAUAUGCAACAGCUGAAAUUGUUGUACGAUAAAUUGUUCGAUAAAUGGGAAAAGGCGGAAUAUGAUGCCUCCAUGGCGGUGGUCUACAAGGUCAAGGCGUACUACGAUGAAACGGAUAGCUUGAAAACGGAAUUGAAAAAUCUGGAAAGGAAUCAAGGUUCCGUCACAAUGGACAUUGUUUUCACCGAGGCCCAUUGGGUCCGCUGCACCAUGUUGCAAAAUUUUCAUUAUCUCUUGGGGGAUCAUGAAUGGCGUUUGCAGCAUGAUUGGAUUCAUCGGAUAACUGGGGAGCCAGAAGACUCCGAGGGGGGUUCGGAAAAGGAACUGGAUAACCCUGAAGGGUCCUCACUCCAAAAAACUAGUAGCGAUUCCGAAAAUUCCCUGGAGGAAUCUGAAUCUGCCAUCCAACUGGAGAACUACGAACAAUCCAUCCUCAAGCGGUCCAAGGUCAAUAUACGGCCCCGCGACAAAGAUGAUGCCUGGGCCAUAAAAUCCUACUACGAAGAGGUUUAUCUGCCCAACAAACACCCCAACCUCAUUGUCUUCCCCAGUGCCGAGAGUUUUCUCCAAGGCCUGGAAAAUUUGAAAUCCAAAACUUUUGUUUUACUCUUGGAAAUGCAUUUCACCCUGGCCAUCCACACGGAGCUUCAAAAUAGAGUCGAGUCCUUUGAGGAAUGGUGCCGACAGGAUUUAAAGGAAAAACGAGAAUAUGUCGCCAGGAAAUGUUCCAAAUUGUAUUUCAUGCAAGAUCGGGCAGCCUGGCUAAGGAGUCGAGUUUUGAUGUCCCUACAGCGGCCCAUAGAGGAAUCUUUUAAUGAUGUGGGAUUUUUGAAGGACUAUGGGCUAAUCAGUGAGGCGUGGCGUCGCAUUGUGCCCUCCAAUGUAAGGGGGUCCAAUGAUCAAAUGGAAGCUGUGGAAAUGGUGGCCAUGAUGUCGGAUGUGGUGAUGGAAUUGAUAGCCAAAUUCGAAACAAUACCCAUGGAAGAGAGCUCCACCACAGAACAUGCCCUGCGUCGACGUCGCAACUAUUUACUUAAACAAUCUCAAAAUGCCUGUCACAUUGAGCGCCGUAUCGACCAGGAAAUGCAAAAAGUGAGAAAAAAUCUUGAACCACCUCCAGCCCCGCUGAAAUUUAAACGCCUCCGAAAAUUACCUCGUCUCUAUAUCAAGAAACGUCAGAAGACUGUACAACGCGAAGAGAAAAAAAUAUCCGAAAGGGCAAAAUUUUUCUUUCAAGCUUUCCACGAAGAUGAUGCUGACAUUUUGCAACCCUCCGAGGUCCGCGACAGCAUUGCCCAGGUCGAUACGAUCCAAGAACAAAUUGUUCCAUUUUAUUUUGAUCAUUUUCUCAAAUUGAAUGGCUAUACACCGAAUUAUAAUUUCAAGACCCACAUUGAAAUGCGUGAUGGUCCCGAAUUGGAGCGGCUGAAGGUACGUUCCGUCGUACCUGAGAUCCAACAGCGUCUAAUGCAAUGGGAGCAUAUUAAGCGUAAAAUCAUGGAGGAUCACAUAGCUCAGAAUCCGAAAAUGUACAUUGAUGUGGUGUGAGGGGAAAUUUCGGAAGGGGGAAAUGGGGAAGUUUCUGAAUUUUGGAAAAAUUAAUUAAUAAUUUUAUAUUUUUAUAUAUAUUUUAUAUCGGACUUAAAUAAUUGCAAUAUAUUUUCAUACAUUUUAAAAAA